GUGCAGUUUUUGCCCUUGAUUUGAUCCCCCAAUUCAUUCCAUCCCGCGACCGAGCUGGGCGUCAGCGCCGUCGUUCGUCCCUGCUGCUUCCGCCGUCGCAUCCCAUCCUCAUCCUCCGCCACCGCCGCCUGCGCCGAUCCCCAUCCAUCCAUCCACCCAGCGACCGACCGACCGAGCAGGGUCGCCGUCGUUCGUACGGCUGCUUCCUCGCCGCAUCCAUCCAUCCAUCCAUCCUGUGCAUUGUGUCAAAGGCAUUGGGCUAUAUCCUUUUGUAUUUGUGUUUCUUGGUUCAUAUUGAAGGACUGUUGACAUUUUUGAGGGAAAAUGAGUGGUGCACCCAAGAGGUCGCAUGAGGAGGGUAGUCACUCCACACCGGCAAAACGGCCGUUGGAUGACAGCAGCUUGUACUCAAGCCCUUCUGGGAAAAUUAUUCAACCAGGCAGCAGUGAUUUCCAUGGUUCGUUUGAACAUGAUGGGAGAUUUGCCAAAGUUCAACGUAUUGAGCCCCGGGAUGAUAAGAGGCCCUCUCUGGCACAUAGGAUGCCUAUUGGCCCCUCCAACUUUGUGGACCACUCAAUCUCAUCUGAUGGCAGAUUAGAAUCAAAGCAAAAUAAAGAUCCAUGGGACACUAAGGUAGAUGUUCGGGAGGCAAAGGCUGACACUCGAGAUGUCUACAGUGAUCCCAGGGUUGAAUUUCCGAGCAAUAAAGUUGAGACUGAUGUAAAGACGGACAAUAGAGCAGAUGACAAUGACAUAAGAGCCGACAGACGGAUACAUGCUGACUACAAAGGUGAUGCCAAACUGGACAAAGAUGGUCAUCCUACAGCAAUUUCAAACAUAGCCUGGAAAGAUAACAAAGAACAUAGGGGUAAAAGGAAUAUUGAGCAGCCAUCUGAUAAUGCAGAUUGGCGUUUUCCCCGCCCUGGUUUGCAAGGAACAGAUGAAUCUUCCAAAGGUCCAGUUCCUGCAGAUGAGCGGUCCAAGGAUGCUCAUGAAUCUACUGGUGAGAAUAAAACUGAACCUAAAACUGAAGAUAAGUUUAGAGAUAAGGACAGGAAAAAGAAGGAUGAAAAGCAUAGGGACUUCGGCACAAGAGACAAUGAUAGAAAUGAUCGCCGAAUUGGUAUUCAGCUUGGAGGCAAUAGUGUUGAACGAAGAGAGAAUCAGAGGGAAGAUAGGGAUGCUGAAAAGUGGGAUAGGGAAAGAAAAGAUUCCCAGAAGGACAAGGAAGGCAAUGAUAGAGAGAAGGAUUCUGCAAAGGAGUCAUCAGUAGCAACUGAAAAGGAGAAUGCAAUACUGGAAAAAACUGCAUCUGAUGGAGCUGUUAAAAGUGCCGAGCAUGAGAAUAAAACAGUAGAGCAGAAGACACUUAAAGAUGAUGCAUGGAAAUCACAUGAUAGGGAUCCCAAGGACAAGAAAAGAGAGAAGGAUAUGGAUGCAGGAGAAAGGCACGACCAAAGGAGUAAAUAUAAUGACAAGGAAUCAGAUGAUACUUGCCCUGAAGGAGAUAUAGAGAAGGAUAAGGAAGCCCUUGGAAGUGUCCAACGCAAGAGAAUGGCGCGAUCAAGGGGUGGUAGUCAAGCAUCCCAACGAGAACCUCGAUUUAGGUCUAGGAUGCGUGAUGGUGAAGGAUCUCAAGGUAAAUCUGAGGCAUCAGCCAUUGUCUAUAAAGCUGGUGAGUGCAUGCAAGAGCUUCUGAAAUCAUGGAAAGAGUUUGAAGCAACCCCAGAAGCUAAAAGUGCUGAAAGUGUGCAAAAUGGCCCCACUCUUGAGAUCCGCAUACCCGCAGAGUUUGUUACGUCCACUAACCGUCAAGUAAAAGGUGCUCAACUUUGGGGAACGGAUAUUUAUACAAAUGAUUCAGAUCUUGUCGCUGUGCUUAUGCAUACUGGUUACUGCUCCCCUACAUCAUCACCUCCACCAUCUGCAAUCCAAGAGCUACGAGCAACUGUUCGAGUUCUACCGCCACAAGACAGCUAUACUUCAACUUUAAGGAACAAUGUCCGCUCACGUGCUUGGGGUGCUGGUAUUGGUUGUAGCUUUCGCAUAGAACGCUGCUGCAUUGUUAAGAAAGGUGGUGGUACUAUUGAUCUUGAGCCUCGCCUAAGCCAUACAUCAGCUGUGGAGCCUACACUUGCUCCGGUUGCGGUUGAGCGCACAAUGACAACAAGAGCAGCAGCUUCUAAUGCGUUACGUCAACAAAGAUUUGUUCGGGAAGUCACAAUACAGUACAAUCUCUGCAACGAGCCAUGGUUGAAAUACAGCAUAAGCAUUGUGGCAGACAAGGGAUUGAAAAAGUCAUUAUAUACUUCUGCGAGGCUGAAAAAAGGCGAAGUCAUAUACUUGGAAACACAUUAUAAUAGUUUUCACAGGUAUGAGCUGUGCUUCAGUGGAGAAAAGGCUCGUCUUGUUGGAUCAAGCUCCAAUGCGGCAGACGCAGAAACUGAGAAACACCAGAAUAGUAGCCACCAUCACUCGCAAAAUGGGGACAGGGCCUCUUCAGAACAUGAACUGCGGGAUUUGUUCCGAUGGUCCCGCUGUAAGAAGGCGAUGCCUGAGAGCUCUAUGCGCUCCAUCGGUAUCCCGCUGCCAGCUGAUCAACUUGAGGUGCUGCAGGAUAAUUUGGAAUGGGAGGAUGUGCAGUGGUCGCAGACUGGUGUUUGGGUUGCUGGAAAGGAAUAUCCUCUCGCCCGAGUGCAUUUCCUAUCAUCAAACUAGCCCCUGCAAGUCCUUCAAGUUGUCGUAGCAGCCGGUUCAUGAACUAAUUUCUCGCAACAAUUUAAGGCAGGAGCUUCUCUUUGGUCCAUGUCGCGGUUUUAUUGUACAAUGUACAAUGCAUCCAUGCCAUGUCUGUGUAUAAAUCAAGAAUGCUCAGCUGCUGUAGGCUGUGUUGUGUGUAGUAUUUUUUCCCCCUUUUUUCAUAAACUAUUUGAGUUCUAGUUGGGCUGCUUCUGCCCCAUGUCACUGAGAUGUAGCUGUUGCUUCACAAUUUAGCUAACCUGAUGAUUAUUGUUGAAUGGUUGAUGUGCUGUAACUUAAUUCAGUGCUGUGUUCAUCUGGGGUGUUUCCUGACCGGGCAGGUUCAGACGUAGGCUAUUUGACUGAACUUCUGGAAAUUACAUGUGAUCAUUCCUACAAGAAAUUUAGCCGAA